AUGGGAAGAGAUCGAGAAAGGGAAAUGGAGAUUGAUCUGUCCCUGAAAAUAAAUGCUAUAGAAGAAGAGAAAGAGGAUAUGGAUGAAGCAAAGGAUUGUAAGAUGCAAUCAGAGGGUGAUAAUCAAGAAGAGAAAGCUACAGAUUUGCAAGAGGAGACAGCAAUGGAUGCCACAGGGGAAGUAGAAGAUGGUGCACCAUUGGAAUUGUCCUUGCAAGGAAACGGCAAGACAGAAGACUUGUCUGUCCUACAAAUGGAGAUGAAUCGCAUGAAAGAAGAGAAUCAAGUGUUAAGGAAAGUGGUGGAGAAAACCCUGAAGGAUUACUAUGAUCUUCAAAUGAAGUUUGCUGUUCUUCAGCAAAACAACAAAAAGAAGGACCAUCAAAUCUUUCUCUCCCUCAAUGGAAAUGACAACUCAAGUCAAAAACAGCAGGCAAUUCAAAGAAACUUAAAUGACAAUAGUCAGAAACAUGGGUCGUCGCCAUUACAAGAUGAUAAUGAUGAAGAGAAUGAACUAGGGUUGUCAUUAAGCCUAGAAAUCGGUUCCAUUCAACGAGAAAUUAGAGAAGAAGAUCAUAAGGAAGAGCACAAAGAAGAAAGUCAAGAAACCCCAAAUGUUGUAUCAGUGCAAAACAAGCUUCAGCAAAGACACUUAUCUGCAAUCACUAGCCAUGCUGUUUCCCCACUCAACAGGAAAACUAGGGUUUCUGUUAGAGCAAGAUGUCAAACAGCAACGAUGGAUGAUGGGUGCCAAUGGAGGAAAUAUGGUCAGAAAAUUGCUAAAGGAAAUCCUUGCCCACGAGCCUACUAUCGUUGUACAGCAGCUCCAGGAUGUCCAGUCAGGAAACAAGUUCAAAGAUGCCACGAGGACAUGUCGAUUCUGAUUACAACUUAUGAAGGAACUCACAAUCAUCCACUCCCCGUCGGUGCAACAGCCAUGGCUUCAACAGCCUCAGCAGCAGCAGCUUCCUUUAUGUUACUUGAUUCAAGCAACCCUCUCUCAAAUGGUAUCCCAAACUUCAGUCAAGCCUCCCUCCCUAACCAAAACCCUCAUCUGAUCAUAAACUCAUCAGCUUCUCAUCACCAUCCAUCAAACAUUAGGAACAUAAACCUUAGCGACCCUUCAAAAGGAAUCGUUUUUGACCUCACAAACAACAAUCAUUUCGACCAUCAACUGCCAACAGCUAGCUCUUCUUCCCACUAUUCAUCAUCAUCAGCCCAUCGCCAAGUUUUUCCCUGGAUGCCAAGCAGAUUAAACUAUCACAAUGCUGCAUUUGGCACCAGCUCCAGGACAAACGAUCAGAGAGAAUGGAAAUCCGAAGAGAAGUCAUUAGGUGAAAAUAUAACAGCCAUUGCUUCAGAUCCUAAUAAAUUUAGGGUUGCAGUUGCCGCUGCUAUUACAUCUCUAAUAAAAAAAGAAACCCAAAAAACUCAUCCUUUUCCCAUUGGCUCUUCGUUGGUUGUUAGGCAGGGUGAGAGUGGGAGCCCACUCAGCAUUCACCAUAGAAGUUAG